CCCUGUGAGAUCAUAGAGUUCUCUAGUUCCGGUCGCGGGGCCGCGUUCGGGGCUAGAGCGCCUCUCCACGGCCACCGGUUUCCAAGCGGCUUCUAUUUCCGGUUGCGGCUUCUGACAUAAAGCCGAGACCUCCUUUCAAACGCGGCGUCGCGGGUUCUUCGCGCCUCGCCUGGGGCCAGCGCGCAAGGACUGGCGCGGGCGGGGGGAUUGCACAGCCCACAGCUGAGCCAGGCCGUUGGGGCCGGCCUGCACUGGCACCUUCGAUCCCUCAGAGCCGCCUGGCUUUUGAGCCCUCCCGAUUGAGAGUUCGUGAUUGGCCGCCUCCAGGACUGCCGCUCGAGAGGCCAGCGCUCCUUCGCCGUACCUGUCCCCCCAUAGUCACGCUCUUCCCUGUGAGGUGCAGCAUUAAUCAACUCACCUCUCCCACACACUACUUCUCUAACGUGGGUGUCCGCGUUAACUUCGUUCUUCACCUCCACUUGAGACCCCUCCCCUCUGCCUCCGGAAGAGGUCUUUUUUGCCCAGUUCCUGUAAAAUAGCACCCAUCUGGCACCCCCCGAAAGUUCAUGCUUACUAGAGAGUUUGUGGGCAAAGUAAAACCCAGUGCACACACGAAACUAUGGCUGAGCACGGGGCUCACAUCACAACUGCUUCUGCGGUGGAUGACCGGCCAUCCAUCUUUGAGGUGGUAGCACAGGACAGUUUAAUGACAGCAGUGAGACCUGCUCUUCAGCAUGUGGUCAAGGUUCUUGCAGAAUCAAAUCCUGCCCGCUAUGGCUUCUUGUGGAGGUGGUUUGAUGAAAUCUUCACCCUUUUAGAUCUUCUGCUCCAGCAACAUUAUCUGUCUAAAACCAGCGCCUCGUUUUCUGAAAACUUUUAUGGCUUAAAGAGGAUCGUAAUGGGAGACACACACAAGCUUCAGAGAUUGGCCAGUGCUGGUCUCCCAAAGAAGCAGCUUUGGAAGUCAGUUAUGUUCCUGGUUCUUCUUCCCUAUCUGAAAGUGAAGCUGGAGAAGCUGAUUUCUAGCCUGCGAGAAGAGGAUGAAUAUUCCAUCCAUCCCCCUACUUCCCGCUGGAAACGAUUUUACAGAGCCUUGCUGGCAGCCUACCCAUUUGUUAACAUGGCCUGGGAAGGCUGGUUUCUUGUACAGCAGCUUCGAUACAUCCUAGGAAAGGCUCAGCAUCACUCACCACUGCUGAGUCUGGCUGGGGUUCGGCUAGGUCGACUUACAGUUCAGGAUAUACAAGCUCUGGAGCACAGACCAGCUGAAGCCAGCAUGAUGCAGCAACCAGCUGGGAGCGUUGGCGAGAAGAUAAAGUCAGCUCUGAAGCAAGCUGUGGGAGGUGCCGCCUCAUGCCUCUCUACUGGCCUUUCGGUGGGUGUAUUCUUCCUGCAGUUCCUUGAGUGGUGGUAUUCAUCCGGAAACCAAGAAACCAUCAAGUCAUUGACUGCCCUGCCUACUCCACCACCACCCGUACACCUAGACUACAAUUCUGAUUCUCCCCUGUUGCCCCAAAUGAAGACUGUGUGCCCACUGUGUCGUAAAAACCGGGUGAACGACACCGUUCUCGCCACCUCUGGCUAUGUGUUUUGUUACCGCUGUGUGUUUAAUUACGUGAGGAGUCACCGAGCUUGUCCCAUCACAGGUUAUCCAACACACGUACAGCAUCUGAUUAAACUGUACUCCCCUGAGAGCUGAAAGGGAUUAGCACCUUAUCUCACAACGAAAUGACUGCGCUAUAAGGCCAGAGGGCUGGUUUUCCGCAUGGUAAAUAGCAUUGUUUGAUACUUCUCAUCCUCAAUUAAUAAUUGUAUGAACUUUAAACAGCCAUAUGGAUUUCUUUAAAAGGAUAUACUCGUUGAUCUUAACCUUUUAGCUUGCUCCCUAGACACCUCUACUUAGAGUUGACCAAGCUGGUCAGAGUGAGAGAAUCAGGACUGGCAGGGGAUUGAGGGUCAGCGUAGAGAAGGGGAUCAAAGAGGGUACUCGGCACAGAAGCUUUUCCUGUCCCCUUCCUUAAAGGACAAGAGGUAUAGAAGCUCUUCAGGAAAAACCCAAGUUAGACCUCGUAGAGUGGGUAGUGAAGGGGAAGCAGGCCUUUUGAGAAAGGAAAGCCUUUAUCUGCCUAUGAGAAAUAGGUUUUAUCGGUUUGCAAGCAGUAUGAAAUAUGGACCUGCUUUUUUUUUUUUAAUUUAUUUUUUUAAUACAGCAGGUUCUUAUUAAUUAUCGCUUUUAUACACAUCACUGUAUACAUGUCAAUCCCAAUCUCCCAAUUCAUCCCACCACCACCACCCCCCGCCCCCCCCACGGACAUGCUUUUUAUAGAAAUACUUAGAAACACUUUCUCCUUCCAUAUGCUCGGACUCAUUUGUUAAGUAACAUUUGCUACAGUUUAUCACCUUUUAAAGAUCCCUUUGUGAACCACACAUAUCUUCCUUGGGAAACUGGUUAAAGGAAAAUAGGGGUUGAAUGUAUAUACAGAAGAGUCUGAAGACUUCAGUGUGAAAGCAAAGCUAUUAAUGAAGAGAUGAAGUAAAAUACUGCCCUAACUAUGACUGUGUAAAGACAGGAUCUUUUCAUAAGCUCUUUCUGCUUGCUGUUAAGAGUUUGCUAAGCUGACAUGAAUUAUUCUGGCUACUACUAAAGUUUCUAUGAAACGCUUAAGUAAAUUUUAAGAAUAAAUGUUUUUUGGCAAAGAGCUGUUCCAUGUCAUGAUUAUGUGGAAACUGAAAGAUUAUUCGAGGUAUUUAGAGUAAAUUUUUCAUUCAGGCCACCUUUCACUUUUUGAGGCAUUCUGUAUUAACAUUUUACUUUUUUUUGCUAAUCCAAUAUUGGAGAGAAAUCCUCUCCUCCAACAGCAAGAAUUCAGUCUUGAGUGAAAUACCUUAUUUCUCAAGUGAAAUACUGCACAAACACUUAAGUUGCCACUGGAUUGGCAGGUUGGUGAAAACAUAUGGGUUAAAAAAAAAAAAUCAUUACUAGAAGAGGAAGGAUGAAAAUGAUUUUUAAGUGCCUCUGCUGAGACAGGUGUCCAAUACAACUCAUUUUAGCAAUUCAAAGCACAUUUUCUGAUAGCACUAAGAUAACAGAACUAAAUUUUGAAAUAGAAUAUCCUAUAGAUUUUAAAAUAUUAACACUUUUAUAUACCAUGAGAAGAGUAUAAUGGAUAUUUGCAAAAAUUCUUAUUAAACCACAAGGUUUUACCGGAACAAAUACCAUAGUUAAGUAAACUUUUUUUUUAAUUUUUAAAUUUUUUAAUUUGUUUCAAAGUUAAACCCAAGACACACUGACUUCACAGGAAAUCCAAUGAGAAAUGUUUUUCUAGGCUGAACACCUGUUUCCCCUUAGUCUCCCCC